CAGGAGAGACUCAGAGUGUUCCUGACUUCAAGGGUUGAAGUCUGCGUGCUCAAGGCUUGCUGGUGAAGUAGAACAAACGGGAUGAAAGGAAAAAACUGCAGAAGCACAUAAAACAGCGUGCAGGGCCCUGAUGGAUGAGGUGGAACAUGACGUCACCAAGGCUCGGCAGAAGAAGAUCAAGGUGGGCUCCUUCCGAAUAAAUCCUGAUGGGACACAGGAGAGGAGAAAGGUGCCCCUGGCCCAGUCCGAGGCGUUCCUAACCGACCUCUUGGAUAAAGUCUGUGAGCGAAUGAACCACUACAAGCUUGAAGAAGACCCAGUGACCAAAGGGAGAACUUUCAAGAGAUUUGCUCCAAGGAAAGGAGAAAAAAUAUACAAAGAAUUUAAAAAAUUCUAUUUUUAUUCUGAUGCUUACAGACCUUUGAAAUUUGCGUGUGAAACUAUAAUAGAAGAGUAUGAAGAUGAAAUCCUCUCCCUUAUCACCCGGGAGGCAGGCCAUCUCGCUGACAGGCUGUGCAGCGAGAAAUCAGAUCUGUGUGAAAUUUCUCCUAAUCAUACUGAACUCUAGGAAUGACGUGCUACUAGUUGUAAGAGAAGAGUAAAGUCACAUCCCAAGGAUGAAAAGAACUGGUUGAUUU